ACCAAAUAAAUGAGUUGGUUUCUAUUGAACUAGAAAAAGGAGCGAGCGAAAAAUUCGAAUAUUCUCACGACUUAUUAGUUCAAUUAGCUAAAAUGAAGACAAAUGGAGAGCGUGCCAUAAACCUACCUAAUAAGACAGCACGAGAUUUAUUAAUGCUUAUGGAACGUAAAAAGUCCAACCUUGCAGUAGCACUUGACGUGACAACCAAACAAGAAUUCCUUGAUAUUGCAGACAAAGUUGGACCGUAUAUCUGUUGUUUGAAA